AUGAGGAGUGAGAAUGGUGCAUCUGAGUUUGUUCAUAUCUAUAUCUAUCUAUCUAUCUAUCUAUCUAUCUAUCUAUCUAUCUUUUUGUUCCUCUCUCUUUCUCUCUCUCUCUCUCUCUCUCUCUCUCUCUCUAUGUAUCUAUCUUUAUUUAUUUAUCUAUCUAUCUAUCUAUCUAAGGUUAUUAAUAUUUAUCUAUCUAUCCCUCUCAGUUUGUUCAUAUCUAUCUAUCUAUCUAUCUAUCUAUCUAUCUAUCUAUCUAUCUUUCUAUCCCUCUCAGUUUGUUCACUAUCCUCUCUCUCUCUCUCUCUCUCUCUCUCUCUCUCUAUGUAUCUAUCUAUCUAUUUAUUUAUCUAUCUAUCUAUCUAUCUAUCUAUCUAUCUAAGGUUAUUAAUAUUUAUCUAUCUAUCCCUCUCAGUUUGUUCAUAUCUAUCUAUCUAUCUAUCUAUCUAUCUAUCUAUCUAUCUAUCUAUCUAUCUUUCUAUCCCUCUCAGUUUGUUCACUAUCUCUCUCUCUCUCUCUCUCUCUCUAUCUCUCCAUCAUAUCUAUUUAUUUAUUUAUUCAUCUAUCUAUCUAUCUAUCUAUCUAUCUAAGGUUAUUAAUAUUUAUCUAUCUAUCCUCUCAGUUUGUUCAUAUCUAUCUAUCUAUCUAUCUAUCUAUCUAUCUAUCUAUCUAUCUUUCUAUCCCUCUCAGUUUGUUCACAUCUAUCUAUCUCUCUCUCUCUCUCUCUCUAUCACUAUCUAUGUAUCUAUCUAUCUAUCUAUCUAUCUAAGGUUAUUAAUAUUUAUCUAUCUAUCCCUCUCAGUUUGUUCAUAUCUCUCUCUCUCUCUCUCUCUCUCUAUCACUAUCUAUGUAUCUAUCUAUCUAUUUAUUUAUCUAUCUAUCUAUCUAAAGUUAUUAAUAUUUAUCUAUCUAUCCCUCUCAGUUUGUUUAUAUCUAUCUAUCUAUCUAUCUAUCUAUCUAUCUAUCUAUCUAUCCCUCUCAGUUUGUUCCCAUCUCUCUCUCUCUCUCUCUAUCCAUCUAUCUCAGGCUAUUAACAUCUAUCUAUCCCUCUCAUUUUGUUCCUAUCUAUCUAUCUUAGUUUUUGCAAAUUGA